CAGCGGAGAACUAUUCAGCACGUGUUCUCCCUCCCAUUCUUUUUCUAACCCCGGCUAGAAAGCAGUGAGGUCUGUCCUGUUUUUAUCCAGCUUGCAGGAGCCGAGCUAAGCCAUGGAAGAUUGUAAUCAGAAAAAAGCAACACUUCCUGAUCAGGACAAAAGCUACAGGUUAUUCUGGAAUGUGACAACUCCUUGCUGCUUGGAUCCAUGACAACUACAUAGAUGCUAUUCACUUAUUUGAACAAUCUGCACCAAUAUGGAUCAAGACAUUUAAACCAAAUCUUUCAAGCAGUCGAUGGAGUACAAUCUGAAAGAUUAAAGAAAAUCCAGAUGGGGUGCAGGUGCUGCAAAAUGAUACAAAGCUACAUUUUUGAUUCAGAAGAAUUACAAUCACCUGAAUGCACUCAUGAAGGAAACAGCUACAAACAAGAUGAGCAAAGAAGCAAUAAAUUCAAAUUCAAACACAAUCAUGAAAUUAAAGAACAGAAAAAAGAACUCCAGAAGGAUGAGCUAAAUAGAACAGGAAUUAAAAAUCAGGUAAACAGCACAGGGGAGACCCUCUGGAACCACAGAGGCGAUGCUUUUCAAGAUGACAGCCUUGCAAAGUGUGUUGCAAAGCUUGAUGUUGCAGUCAAUGGCAGCAACUCCCAUUCUGGUGUGCACCCCAUUCUCAGCCCCAGCACAAACUCAGUGAAGAAAGCCAGUGAACAGGGCACCUCCAGCCAGCCAGCAGAGCCUUCUUCAGUCAACACUGGAGACUUCCAGUCCAAAUUGAAUGAGCGUGACCAAGAGCUUGACCUAGGAGCAGGCAGACACAGGAAGGCAGACUGCAGUCAGACAAACAGUAUUCGAGGUGUGAAGCCCCAGUCUACAGAAGAUAGCAACUUUCUUAGAGGAAGUGCAGUACUGGAGAUCCAAAAUGAUGAUGCCAUAAGACUGCCGGAUAUAGAUUAUUGCCAAAAUGGCAAUCAAAUCAGGAACUAUGUUGAAAAAGAUAGCAUUUCAGUUAACUAUGCACACCCAGACCAACUGAGUGAGCAUUCAGCAACGCAUGGCCAUGACCUUCACGUAGCCUCACCUUUGCAUAUGAAGAAAAGCAGUAUCAAGCCUUCUAACAGUGACUCUGCAGGCUUGAGUGAGGACAUUCCCAAUGGCGUUGCUGCCACAGCUGUGCCCACAGCAGCACAGGCACCCACACACCACAGCCACAAAGACACCAAUGGACAAAUGGAGGAGGAAGACGCAGAAGUAGCAGCAGCUCUGGCUGCACUGGAAGCUGCAACUGCAGGCGAAGACCUCGAAGAGGAUGAUGAAUACUAGAUGAAGAUCUCUUUCUGAUACACUGGGUGAGAUCCAGAUAUUUUUUUUCCUGGAUUUACAUGAAUGCAUGUGCUGUUCAUGGGGACAGCUGUUACAAAACAUAUAUAUUAAAAGAGUUGGGACUAAAUCUCUAUGCCUUCAAAUGUUUUAUACAGCCUUCUAACUUCUACUGCCUGAGGCACACACACUCUUCUGUACAGGACAAACCAGGAGGGCAAAGCAUCAUUCCUUACACACAGGAUAUUCUGCUGUAUAUCCACCUCAUCUGGUCUCACACAAACAUUUCCCUCUGUUUUGACUCUCAGGAGGAUCUGUACACACUGCAUUUUCCAGGUUCAGAAAAAAUCCAUUAUUUAAAACUGAACUACAGAAGACAUGGAGUUAGAAAUCACAGAUUUUCAUGUUAGCACAAACAAUUAAAACUGACCCAAAGCUCUAUAACGCAGAGUGAAAGGAAGAAGGCAGCCAGCUCACACUUCAGUUCAGGCACAGGUGGAGUUAGUGAUAACUCCACUUUUUCUGAUACACCUUGGCUAGAUUUGAUCUGAUACCCCAGUGACUCGCUUUCAUAGAAUCAUAACAUUGCUCAGGUUGGAAAAGACCUUCAAGAUCAUCAGGUCACAACCACAACCUAACCACAGUACCUUAACUCUAACAACUCACCACUAAAUCACAUCCCUGAGCACCACAUCCAAACAGCUUUUUAACACACCCAGGGAUGGUGGUUCAACCACCUCCCUGGGGAGCCUAUCCCAGUGCUUAACAACCCUUUCUGUAAAGAAGUUUUUCCUGAUAUUCAAACUAAUUUGAGGCCAUUUCCCCUCAUCCUGCCACCCAUCACCAGUGAGAAGAGACCAACCCUGCUCUCAUUGUAGGCACCUUUCAGAUAUCAGAAGAGAGCAAUAACAUCUCCCCUCAGCCUCCUCUUCCCCAGAUUAAAUAGCUCCAUUUCCUUCAGCAGCUCCUCAUAUGGCACAUUCUCCAAGUCCUUCACAAGCCUUUUUGCUCUUCUUUGGACCUGCUCCAGCACCUCAGUGUCCUUUCUGUAUUGAGGUGCCCAAAACUGAACACAGUACUCAAGGUGGGGCCUCACUAGUGCCAAGUACAGGAGCUCACCACAACGUUUCCGAUGCAAGCCAGGAUGCCAUUGGCCUUCUUGGCCAUCUGGGCACACUGCUGGCUCAUAUUCAGCCAACUGUCCAUCAGUACACCAAGCUCCCUUUCCAUCAAGCAGCUUUCUAGUCACUCCUCCCCAAGCCUGCAGGGUUACCUGAGGUUGUUGUGACAAAAAUGCAGAACCCAACACUUGGCCCCAUUGCAACUCAUACAGUUAACCUGGGCUCCUUGAUCCAGUCUAUCCAGGACCCUCUGUAGUGCCUUUCUACCCUCUGGCAGAUCAACACUCCCUCCCAACUUGGUGUCAUCUGCAAACUCACUGAGGGUGCAUUCAAUCCCCUCAUCAAGAUCAUCAAUGAAGAUGUCAAAUAGAAGUGGCUCCAAUACUGAGCCCUGGGGGACACCACUCACGACUGGCUGCCAACUGGAGCUAACUCCAUUGCCACAACUCUGGGCUCGGCCAUCCAGCCAGUGUUUCACCCAGCAGACAGUACGCCCAUCCAAACCAUGGGCACCCAGCUUCUCAAUGAGGAUGCUGUGGGGGACAGUGUCAAAGGCUUUACUGAAGCCCAGGCAGACCACAUCUACAGCUUUACCUUCAUCCAUUACAUGGGUCACCUUGUCUUAGAACAAAGUCAGGUUUGUCAAACAGGAUCUACCAUUUGUAAACCCACGCUGAAUGAGCCGGAUUCCCUGGUCGACCUUUAAUUGGUCCAUGAUGGCUCCUGAGAUUAUCCAUUCUAUAACCUUUCCUGGCACUGAGGUGAGACUGAUAGGUCUAAUUGGUCGAUUUAGAUUAUUAAAACAGCAGAAGCCAAGCCAAAGUCAAGAGUGAGAAAGUCAGGUGGUUUAAUGAGCAUGAGAACCAUGCCCACAGUAACAGAAGUGCUGAAGAGGGAUCAAAAUUAAUUCCUUCUAGAUAGAUUAAAACCACCUUGAAACCACAGCCUGAGAUCUCUGAACUCUGAUAAAUUUUCCAAGCCUACAUCACUUGCCUUAACAAGACAGCUUGCAAAGAGGUUGUGUCUUCAAGCUCCCCAGCAAGAUGUGUUGUUUAUACAUAACCACUAAGAGCCAGUAAGGUCCCAUCUCUGACUUGACUGUAGUCCCUAAUCUUACAGGAGGAAAAAUUAAGCUUACAAGCUGAAUUAAAGCCUCAGAAUAUCAGACCUGCAUUCCUGGUAUGCUUACUAUUCCUCUGAUCUUCAGAGUACUGAGUUACUUUUGUUGGAUUCCUUGUGGAAAGCUAAGGAGUUAGAGACCAACUCAGUGCUGUUGUUUCAUCAAAAGGUGGAUAUUAACAGUUGUCAUAGGAAACACUUGAAAUUUUGUACUGACGUUGUGAUUUCUGAGCCUG